GUUCCCAAUGGUGGGUACCGGGUGGAAGGCAUUCUUGUUGUCCACAGCUUCUUUCUUAGUGGACUCUCCCUGGUGAUGUUCCUUGGAUGUACCGUCGAGGUAUUUCGCCGUGUCCAAGCUGAUGGCUGGGGCUGGACGGUCUGUGAACAGCCUGGUGGGCGAUCAGCAGGUCCUUUGUACUUUUGGACCUACAUUUUUUACGUAAGUAAAUUUUACGAACUUCUUGACACAAGCCUGGUGAUGGUCAAGGGCUCUAGGCCACCGCACUACAUGCUCCACAUUUUUCAUCAUUCAGCUGUCCCGGUACUUGUGUGGGCAUGGCUACAAUGGCAGAUGUCUCUCCAGCACAUAGGAUGUGUCUGCACUGUGAAAGCUGAUGUCGAAACGUUGACGGCCCAAGAGCCAGAGCUAUUUGCUGGAGAAAACGGUUCCUUGUCCUUCCAAGCCUCGCGGGUAUUGUUGGCAAAGUGGGUGGAUGAACAUCAGCAGAUCAUAGCAGAUCUACUCUUGCCCGCCUCGAAGGGCGUCUCUGGAGCCUUGGCAUGGUGUUGCCACACCGGGGCACAGCCGGGGUCUGACGGAACGGAG